GAGAAAAAAAAAGAGACACACACACAAGACCCUGCAGCCGCUGCUCGGCGCACUUCCGGCCGCGCAGGCCCAUCUCAUCGGUCGCAACGUGAUUUAUUACUGGCGUUGCCUUGGGGGUUUCCUCGCUUCGAGAGCCGUUCUAUCUGGCGUCGCCUCGCCUCGUGUUUUGCCCCAGCGGUGCGACCGUCGUCCGUCCGUCCAUCUACCUCUGCCGCGGCCGUCUCCCGCCGCUCUCCUCCUCCGCCUCCUCCUCCUCAUCCGUCCAUCUCUGUACCUCCUCAUCGCAUCGUCCGCAUCGUCCGCAUCGUCCGUCGUCCGCCGCCAUGGCCGGCCUCACCAUCUGGCGGCACCUGCCCGGCAGGGCGCUGCUCUUCAUCAUCAACCUCGUCGCCGCCACGGCGCUCAUCUUUGAGGGCUACAACCAGGGCGUCUACGGCACCGUCAGCGCCACGCCCGGCUUCAUCGCCAUGGCCGGCAUAGGCCACGACGACGUCGUCACCGACUCGACCAAGCAGGGCGGCCUCGCCGCUGCCUACUACUUUGGCGCCAUGUGGGCGUGCUUUGUCGGCGGCUGGGUCGGCGACAAAAUCGGCCGCAAGCGCGGCACCCUCAUCGGCACCCUCUUCGGCAUCCUCGGCGCCGCCCUCCAGGCCGCGAGCCAAAACGCCAACAUGUUCAUCUGCGCGCGCGUCAUCGCCGGCAUCGGCAUCGGCUUCAUGAACGCCAUCAUCCUGCCCUGGGUCAGCGAGCUGUCGCGCUCCCACGACCGCGGCUCCAGCUUCUCGCUCGUCUUCGUCGCAAACUACCUCGGCAUCGUCAUCUCGUACUGGAUCAACUUUGGCAUCCGCGACACGGGCUUCGAGUUUCGCUGGCGCUUCCCCCUCGGCUGGAUGGUCAUUCCGCUGCUCAUUGUCGACGCCGCCAUUCCGUUUCUGCCCGAGUCGCCACGCUGGCUCAUCGCCAACGGCCGCCGCGGCGACGCCAUCGACAUCCUGUGCAAGCUCCGCGGCGACGUGUCGCCCGAGGACCCGCUCGUCAAGCGCGAGGUGGACGAGAUCGACGCCAUGGUCGAGGCCACGCACCAGCGCCGCAACAACCUCGUCAACAUCACGCUCGGCGGCCGCUACUCGGGCAAGCUGCACCUGGGCCGGCGCGCCCUCAUGGGCUUCGCGCUGCAGUGGAUCCAGCAGUGGUCCGGCAUCCUCGCCAUCGUCGGCUGGGCCGGCGUGCUCUUCAAGCUCGCCGGCUUCGACGCCUUCAAGUCGCUCUGGCUGUCGGGCCUCGUCAACACCGUCGGCGUCCCCGGCACCGCCGCCGCCGCCCUCGUCAUCGACCGCAUGGGCCGCGUCAAGAGCCUCCUCACCUCCUUCAUCAUCCAGGCCGUCUGCCUCUUCCUCGUCGCCGCCCUCAUCAAGACGAGCGAGGACGCCGCCGCCACGGACCCGGACAAGUCGUCGCGCCUCGGCACCGCCGCCGCCUCGUUUGUCUUCAUCUACACAUGGUUCUUCACCAUGUUCAACAUCAUCCCCGUGUGGAUCUACGGCACCGAAAUCUGGCCGCAGGAGAUCCGCGCCAAGGGCUACAGCUUCACCAUCUUCGGCUGGGCCACGGGCUGCGGCAUGACGCAGUUCCUCAUCCCCAUCAUGCUCGACAGGCUCGGCUACGGCACCUACCUCUUCUUCGGCGCCGUCAACUUCGUCGUCCUCCCCAUCAUCUGGCUCUUCUACCCCGAGGUCGCCGGUCGCUCCCUCGAGGAGGUCUCGCUGCUCUUCACCAGCGACAGCCCCCUCGUCGGCAAGAACAUGGCCGAGUACCGCCGCCGCAUCGACGAGGCCGGCGGGAACGUCGCCGUCGCCGCCCGCCGCCUGCUCGACGAGGUCGACGGCCGCGCCCACGCCACGGGCAGCACCGCCUCCAACGAGAGCGUGGGCAAGCGGGGGGGACACGUCGACGAGGAGCUCGUUCACUCAUGAGCAGGGUAUCCGUUACGUACAUCCCGCCGUUGCCUGUUGAAUGGAAAAAGAGUGCUCUGUUUCAACGUCCGACCCCGUGAUCAACUUGAAAGAGUGCUUCUUUUACCGUCCGAACCCUGUAAUGUAACCAAGCAUAAAAAGUGCUUUCCUUUUUUUUAAACCUUGUACAACCGUGGACCAAGGAUGAAACAUUGCUUCGUUUACCG